AUGUCUUUAGAGGAACGGUUUUCAAAUACUCUAAAUUUCCAUAAUGCCGAGGAUCAUCGAGAACACGAAAAUGCUAGAAUUAUGAACAAAUUUGCAGGCAAGAUCAAAUCUGAUGAAUUAACUAUUACUCAAAAAAAAACUCUAAAAGAUAAAUCUAAUAGAGCAACAGUGGAAAAUGUUUUGGAUCCAAGAACUAUGAGAUUCUUGAAAAGUUUGGUCAAUCGAGGUAUCAUAUCUGGUAUUAAUGGCUGUUUAAGUACAGGUAAAGAAGCCAACGUAUAUCAUGCAUUCAAAGGCAUACCGAAACAACAGCAACAACAACAAGAAGAACAACAACAACUCCAAUGUCCAAAAAAAGAAUAUGCUGUAAAGAUUUACAAAACUUCUAUUUUGAUUUUCAAAAAUCGUGAAAAAUACGUAGAAGGUGAAUUUAGAUUUAGAAAUGCUAGAUCUCAACAUAAUCCCAGAAAAAUGAUUAAAGUUUGGGCAGAAAAGGAGUUUCGGAAUUUGAAAAGAAUUUAUACGAGUGGGAUCAUACCUUGUCCAGAGCCUAUUGAAGUUAAAUCCAACGUAUUGGUUAUGGAAUUUUUAACCGAUGGAGCCUGUGGUGACGAGAAUAAUCGCCCAUCUCCCAAAUUACGAGAUUAUGAAUUUAAGGACGAACAAGAUAUUAAACACUUUUAUUACACAAUGUUAGUUUAUAUUCGACUUUUAUAUCAAAAAUGUAGAUUAGUCCAUGCAGAUUUAAGUGAAUACAACUCUAUAGUUCACAAUGGUAAAUUAUACAUCAUCGAUGUUUCCCAAAGUGUCCAACCAGAACAUCUAAUGAGCUUAGACUUUUUAAGAAUGGAUAUUAAAAACGUUAAUGCCUUUUUUAGUAAAUUAGGCAUCCAAAUUUGUUGUGAAAGAUUGAUUUUUCAAUUUGUUAUUCAAGAAAAUAUUGAAAAUUGUGAUGAUUCAAGCAUAGAAGAAUUAAUUAAAUACGCUUCAAAAAAUAUUCCGUUAAAAUUAACAGACGAAGAUUAUGAAGAAGAUCAAGUUUUCAGAUCUUUAUAUUUAAUACGAAAUUUAAAUGGAUUAGAAGAACGUGAUUUUGAUCGGUUUACCAAUGGUAAAUUUGAUUUAUUAAAAUCUUUAAUUGCUUCUGAUAAUAAAAGAAAUGCCACUGAUUUGGUUAACGCCUCCGAGCAAUGUGAAUUUAUUGAAAAUGAAGAUGAUGACUCAGAUGACGACUAUGAUAGUAAUUAUGAAGAAGAAGGAGAAGAAGAAGAAGAAGAAGAAGAAGAAGAAGAGGAAUAUGAUUAUGAUGAAGAUGAAGAUGGUGAUCUUGAUGAUGAAAAAAAAUGGAUAGAAAAAGUAGUUGAUUUAAAAGGGAAAAAACACGAAGAUAAAGAUUCCAAACGUGAAAGGAAAGAAGCUACCAAGUUAGCUAAAAGAGAAAAAAGAAAAACCAAGAUAAAGAAAAGUGUGAAAAAAAAAUUGGUCAAAAAAACCAAAUCGAAAAAAUAA